GGGGGCGGUAGACAAACAAGCAAACACCUCAGCGAUGACGGUCCUUAACGUGGCUGAAUAGAGACAUCUUCUUAUCUGCGCUUGAAAGAGGCAGCAGGGCACCGAGCCGAGGCUCCGUGGUGCUGAAAGGACAGCUCCCCCGCUUUCUGACAGCUGCAGAUAUGUUCACCCGGAUGUUAAAGCUGAGACUGCUUAAUGCCGUAGCGCCUGCGUACUUCUUUGCAGCUACAACAGCCACAUUUAUUUUACACUUUUGCCUCUUCAUCCCGACAAUCUUCCCCAACCCGGACACGUCGCUGAGGAGCUCCACAGCCCUUCACGCAACUGUUUUCCUUUUCCUGAUGUUUAACGCUUUGGGGAAUUACAUAAUGACAAUCAAAUAUCCGGCCGAGAGUGACAACGAGAUUGCGAUUCCCGUGUGUUCGCCAAGUUGCUCGGACAAAGUGGAUUCCCACUACCUCCUUAAUGGCCGUCAUUUCUGCAAACUGUGCAGGAAGGUCAUUUUCAGGAGGGAUCACCACUGUUUUUUCACUGGAAACUGCAUCGGCAACAAGAACAUGCGGUACUUCAUAAUGUUCUGCAUCUACACAUCAUGCGUAUGCAUGUACUCUUUGGUUCUUGGCGUGGCUUUCCUGACAGUAGAGUACUCCAUCUCCUUUGAGAACCCGCUGACCUUCCUGACCCUCCUACCUCUCUCCACCGCCUACUUCUUCAUGGGCACAAUCCCCGGCCUGCAGCUGUUCCUAGUGCUGAUGCUCUACGUAUGGUUGGGCAUUGGCUUGGUGUGUGCAGGUUUCUGCUGCCAGCAGGUGCUGCUGGUGGCCCGGGGACAGACCUGGUGUCAGAUGCAGAGAGGGGAGCUGGUGGAUAACCGCAGCCCCUGGAGAGCAAACCUCAAGGAUGUUUUUGGCGCCCGCUGGAUCCUUGGUCUUAUUCUGCCUGUGCAAACAGUGGAGAUGUACUCUGAAGACACAGAUGGACUCAAGCAAGACUGACAGUUGUCCAUUUGUCUCAGUAAGAGCCACUCUUAGGUCAACCCGUUGUUCAUUUUGCAGAAAAUAGUUUUUCGACAUUUACUGUAGGUGGAAAUUAAUUUUUAAUCUGUAUGGAUGCUUUACGAUGUUUGAAAUUUACAAUAAGAUAGUUGGUAGUUUCAUCCUCUUACAGGUAGGAACCAUAUAAGCAAUGUGAAAUAAGUGCUUAGUAUAAAUGUUUAUUCUUAAAAAGGCAUUUCUAAAGGCAAUACUAGGAAACAUUUGUUAUGUUGUACCUUCCUCCAGAGUCUGGAAAACCGAUCAUCAUCGGUUUUCAUCCAAUCAGUAGUCUGACUAUACAGCAUCCUCCCAACAUAUCUGUAACCUUAGUAAAGAUGUGUAAAAAGGCCUUAAAAUAAAUACAGCUUUUAUUGCAAUAGCAUAAUCCUAUACUGAAUAUUUAAGAUAAAUGCAACCCGUCCUCUCAGCCAUGCCAUAAGAUUGAUUUUGUAUCCGGUUAGUGAUUAUGCAGCUUUUCCUUUGAAGCCUUUCACUUUAACAGGGUUGCCAGGGUCUUUGGAAGCGAUACAGGCCUGUAGCACCAUAGACACUUAAUCAGAGGAACAGACGCUUGUCCACAUAUAUUUUGUUUCAAACUCAUGCUUGUUACAAAAGACUCCGUCUUAAGGACAUGGAUCCUUUAAACUCUCUGUAAUCUUUAAUAAAGCUGAGGUACUGAUAUUUGUAAAUGUAAAGACAGAAAAAGUAAAUUCCUAGAUUACAUCCCAAAUUUCCGUGUUAAACUUUUGAAGUGUUUGUGUCGUUUAGGUUUCAAGUAGCCACUUUCUGACUGAAGCUCAGCACAUGUCUGCCUUACACGAAUGGCAUAUUUUUUGUGUCUUUCCUAUUCUAAAUAGAUGAGAGAAGUGAUAGCAUGUAAAUAUUUUUCCCCCAAAAAAGUAAAAAGUGCCACACCUGUAAUUUUAUUAAUUCUAGAUGCAUGAUCUCCCUUCAAAUAAUCAUUUUACUAAAUGUUUAAAGUGCUGUGACUCAAGGCCUCACUUUUACACAUCUCUGUUUGGCAUUAAAAUAAGCGAGGUGGGUGCUGUGUUUUACAACAAGCAGGUUUCCAAGCAAUAUUAUGCGUUUGCAUUAGGACACCCAGGUGACUUUGCUUGCUUUUAAAGCUUUGUGCUGUGUAACUGCCAGUACCAUGCAGUGUUCUGAGAUUAUCUUUCCUAACCCUAAUUUGAUUCUACAGUUUGACAUUCAGGAAACCAGGGACAGUUUUCACUGUUAAAUUAAGGGCUAACAGAUGAAGAAAGAGUUCAUCGGCAGCAUAAACAGCCAGACUCCGCAAGACUGCUUGAGUCGAGCCUGGAGACAUUUUCUACUCACACUAAUGUUUUUCUGAAUUAAAAUUGUUGAAGGAAAUGGAGAUUAUAAUAUCCAGGGUAUUAUUCACAAUGUGCCAUGCUUAUAGGCGAAGAUUUGGUAUCUUCUUCCUCUGCUAAUGACAGGAUAAGCAGCAUUAGAACAGGAUUUUUUUUUCCCAGUUUCUGAUGCGUCUACAGCUGCUUAGACAAAGGUUGAGGGCGUUUUGGUAUUCAAGCAUAAUUUUGGAGACAAUGUUGCAUAUUUGUGUAUUGCAAUAAAGGUUUAACUGAUUUAAAACCACAACAAGCGGCUACUUUUUUCACUUUUACUAAUGACACAUCAUUAGCUAGAAAAAUAACAAGAGGAAAUUAUCUCAAACAGUUUAACACUUGACAAAGACAAAACAGAAUGCACAAGUCACAAAACCAAGCAACAGCAGAGUAAAAAAAGAAAACCCCAUCCUCUUAACUUUAAAUAUGAUCAAUAUCUUGCCAAAAACCAAUGAUUAAUUAAAGAUUUAAACAGAAUUACAACAGAGGUUUUAAAAGACUAUAAAUUUUAAAUAUGAAGGUUUUCACAAUAUAAAGCAACUCAGAAAGUAACAUCUCAGUAGAUCAUCCAAAAAAAAAAAAUCUGGAGUUCUUUGAGUACAUUCAACUUCCCUCCACGUGAUAAAAAGAUUUACAAAACUAAGCUGAAAAUCUAAGCACAGAAAUAUGAAGCACAAACAUGAAUAGACUUAAAAAGGCACAGGCAUUAAGAUAAAUAUUUAGAUUCACAUUAUUUCUUCGAUACACAAUGCUCAAAUGAAUAAAUCUGGGACCAAAGUGCAAGUCUAAAGUUGUCAUGUUUUUUGCCAGAAAGCCUUUUAUCGAGAUUUAAAAAGCAAACAUUUACAGAAAGAAUAGUGAUGGCAACAAAAGAUCUCAAAUCUAAACAAUCAUAUGGCUACAGCACUUUCAUUGCUACAUUUCUGUUCAGUAUCAACAGAGUUCUUUUAAAAAAAAGAAAAAAAAGAAGAUGGAGUAAAUUUCACCAUGAAACUGGCAAACAUCUCCAUGUCACUUCUUAAGAUUAUUCAUACCUCUUCCUUAAAUUUUUGGUCACAGUUAUGAGGAAUAAAUAAUACCAACAGUAAAUAUGUCUAAAACGUGAGGAACAAAAAAAA